AGAGAGUGGGGGGGGUCGAAGAAAGGCUAAGCGUGGUGCACAAUAUAUAUCGAAUGAACGAGAGAGGAAAAAUCAGUGUAUGAGCAUCCCCUCCACCAGGAUAUUUCGCGCUUGUCGUUCGCCACACUAAGGUCCAGUCAGUAAACGUUCAACGUCGUGGGUGGAUGUACAUAUGUACGUGGUGUGAAUGAUGCUGGUGGUUGUUGGUCGUUAUAUAUGUAUGUAUGUCAUCUCUUAGAAAAUAAUUCGUGGUUUCCCUUCCUUUUUCUUUUUCUUCUUAUCAAGAAGGAACGACAAUAAUUAUUCGACGAUAAUUCGUUAAGUUAAAUUUGGUCAAUUCGCUGUCGUAGUCGUGCGACCACAGACAUUUCUUUUGGAAGGUUGCUUGGUUAUAUUUCGAGCGGAGAAACGCGAGGCGGAAUAUUCGUGCGUGCUCGGAAUUCGUUUCCCUUGGCCCGCAGGCGGCGGCGGCGGCGGCGGCGACGGCGGCGGUGGCGGUGGCGGUGGCGGCGUACGUGCGAGUUUCUGCGGCCAAUAUCGAGGAUAAAUAGGGAAAGAAGAAACGAGGAAAGAGAAAAGGAACGGAAGAAAGGGGAGGAAGAAGGAAAAGGAAAAAAGAUAAGAGAGGGUUGCCACGAUAAAACGUUGCCAGUUUGAUCGGCAUGCGCCUGCAUUCUUUUUAUGGCAUGAUGAUCGUCUUGGCGAUGAUGUUGUCCUGUCGUACAUCUUACGCUCAGGACGAAAUCAUCCUUCGAAGUCUCACUGCGAUGGAGACUUGUAACAUCACAGCCGAUGGACGAGGAUUCAUAUGUCGCGGACCAGAUUUUUUAUCAGCUUUAAAGAGCCGGUCUUUCGAAAGCAUCGUUCUUCGAUCGCCGGCCAAUAUUACUAAACUUGACUUGACGAACAACAAUAUAACGCGUGUUUCGGAGCACGUUUUUCAUCAACUUCCUAAUCUUGAAUUUUUGUCGUUACGACGUAAUCAUCUAUAUACAAUUCACGAAGAUGCAUUUGAAAAUUUGACGAGUCUUCGAAUACUGGAACUCGAUGACAAUUAUUUAACAGAAAUUCCAAUUGCUCUUAUAAAACUUGAUGCACUCGAAGAUUUAUCCAUUUCCAACAACAAAGUACAACAACUCGACGGACAUAUAUUUCAAAGUAUUGACAAUUUGAUAUCACUCGAUUUACGUGGAAAUCCGAUCAAACAGAUAAACGAUAAUACUUUUCAAAAUCUUCAUAAACUUCGUAAGUUGAUACUGUCUGAUGUAAAAGAAAUGAGAAUUUUUCCUAAUCUUAAUGGAACGAGUUCUUUAGAGGUGUUGAAAUUAGAUCGUGCACGGCUUAAAGCAAUCCCACCCGAUCUUUGCGUUCAAUGUCCAAAAUUGAAAAGUUUUGAUGUGAAAUCGAAUUAUUUGACAAAAAUCCCAAAUUUAAGAAAUUGCCAUAAUCUUCGCGUCUUAGAUUUGGCAAACAAUGCGAUCUCGUCGAUAUCCGAUGCACCCUUUAAAACUUUGAACAUGUUACAUGAUCUUUUAUUAGCAAAUAAUAAUUUGAAAACAAUUUCGAGAGAUGCAUUUUCUGGAUUAUCGAAACUUCAAGUUUUGGAUUUAGAAAGUAAUUAUAUAGAUUACAUUGAUCCUGGUGCAUUUACAGAGACGAAACAUUUGGAAGAUCUAAAUCUUGGAAACAACGUGUUCCCAACUUUACCAGUUAACGGACUCGCAGGAUUGUUACAUCUGAAAACUUUUAAUAAUCCAGCGUUAAGACAAUUUCCGUCACCCGACAAAUUUCCACGCGUACAAACCAUGGUCCUUUCCUACGCUUAUCAUUGCUGUUCAUUUCUAUCAAUCGAGAUAGAAGACACCGUAACAAAAUCAUCAUUGCAAGAAUCUGUUUUAUUCCCUACGGAUAAUGAAUUUGAUAUGACCUUGUGGAAUUCCAGUUUCGGCGAUGUUUGGCCUCAUCUAAAUAAUUUGAGCGAUAAGUUUGGGUCGCAACUAAACGAACUUUGGGAUAACUUUGGUCCAGAUUUUACAUAUUCCGGGAACGUACCUCCCUACAGCGAGGACUACAUUGAGGAACAAAUUGGGCAGAAUGCAGCACCGGGACAAACAGUGCCUUCUCAUGUUCAAUGCUUACCACAGCCUGGUCCAUUUUUGCCGUGUCAAGAUCUGUUCGAUUGGUGGACGUUACGCUGCGGAGUCUGGAUAGUUUUUCUACUUGCUAUGCUUGGAAACGGAACUGUAGUGUUCGUGUUAAUAUUUUCGAGAAGCAAGAUGGAUGUACCUCGAUUUUUAGUAUGCAACUUGGCUGCAGCUGAUUUUUUUAUGGGUGUUUAUUUAGGUUUAUUGGCUGUGCUUGAUGCAUCUACUCUAGGAGAAUUCAAAAUGUAUGCCAUACCUUGGCAAAUGUCGGCAGGAUGUCAAUUAGCAGGAUUUCUUGGCGUCCUGAGUUCCGAAUUAAGCGUCUAUACCCUAGCUGUGAUCACCUUAGAAAGAAAUUAUGCAAUAACCCAUGCGAUGCAUCUCAAUAAAAGACUUUCGUUAAAGCAUGCCGUGUAUAUCAUGACUAUAGGCUGGGGAUUUGCCACAUCAAUGGCUACUCUACCGCUUUUCGGUAUUUCCGAUUACAGGAAAUUUGCGAUAUGUUUACCAUUUGAGACUAGUGGCAUUGCAGCCUUAAUUUACGUAGUCUUCCUAAUGCUCAUCAAUGGAGUAGCAUUUUUAAUUUUAAUGGGCUGUUAUCUCAAAAUGUACUGUGCAAUACGUGGCUCGCAAGCUUGGAAUUCGAACGAUUCUCGUAUCGCAAAACGAAUGGCACUUCUUGUAUUUACAGACUUUUUAUGUUGGUCACCGAUAGCAUUCUUCUCGCUUACCGCAGCUUUUGGGUUACAAUUAGUGUCCUUAGAGCAAGCAAAGGUAUUCGCUGUUUUCGUGUUACCAUUGAACUCCUGUUGCAAUCCUUUUCUCUAUGCUAUUCUUACGAAGCAAUUCAAAAAGGACUGCAUCUUAAUAUGUAAAGCUAUUGAAGAAUCUCGCGUGACAAGAGGAAUUGGUAGAUGCCGGCAUAGUUCGAAUUUCAGUAACCGUCAAACACCAGCCAAUACGAAUAGUCUGGUAGACAGAUCUUCUAAGGAGCAUCAAGCACCAUGCGUCUGCACUUCGAAACUCUUGGAAACGAGCCAGUGCCCCAGUUAUCGAUGGUGGGGAGCUAGAUUUCUUUGGCCUUGCGCGGCCGAUCAAAGACAACGUUAUACACGUAACGAUCACUACGCUUACCAAAUCGCCGAAAUUCAACAGAAACAGCAUAAACGUGCUUCGUCGGUUUCCUCUAGCGAGAACUUCUCUUCAUCUCGUUCGGAUUCCUGGAGACAAACUCAUCAUUGUGGUAUACCGUUGAGAUUAUUGGAUCCCAAACGAAGAACAUCGUCUUGGUUGGUCACUAGGAAACCAUCGCAAGAUUCCAACCUUAGUUCAUCCCGUAAUGACUCAUCGGGUUCAGCAGCUACCGCCAGCACCAGUACAUGGCGUAUGUCAAGGUCAACAGCCUCUUUAGAAAUCAGUGCACGUAAUACUCCAAGGCCUAUUAGGCCUAAGCCGCGAUUGACGCGACAACUUGCGAUUCAAGAACCCGAACCACCUGCGUCACCAUGUAGAUUAGCUGUACGUUUGUUGGCUACUAUCCCUUCGGCUGCUGAGAUGAGCGAACAGCAAGAUGAAGAAAGUGCCGUACCUAAAUAGAAAUAAAUUAAAGAAGGAACGAUGCGAGACACGUUUCAGUAUUAAGAAUAAAUAACGAGAUACCUGCCAUGUUUUUUAUCCGAAUUCAUGAAAUAGCGUACGAUGCGUUUUCGAUUUUUACGGGAAUCGACGUUAUCGCUAAGAUUAUUUGAAAAUAAUUAGGGAUAGGAUAAAGAGCUGAUAUGCAUGCUAUAGAUUACGUAUAGAUACGAGGAGGAGAGAUGUGAUUUUAUUGAACUUAUUGCCUUUAUCCUAUCACCAAAUAUUAGUAUAAGCAAGCGUUGGUAUACUAUUACUUAAAUAAUAUAGCACUUGUCAAAUAAUUCUAAAGAUAGAUAAUUCAGUCAAAUACCGUUUAAUAUGCUAACGGAGCAGACUGUAAAACCAAUGUAGUUCCAAUGCUCCUCGCGAGCAUUUGUUAUAUAAAAUAUUUGUUAUAUAAAUGAUUUAAAAUGUUAAAAAACAAAAAACGAAUUUAUAUUAAUGGCAAUUAUUCAUGUUGUUAGUAUUUUCAUAUUACAAGACUGAUAGCAGUUUAUUUACUACAUAAUAUCAAGAGAAGCAUUCCAACAUGUACGAGCGCUAAUAAUUAUUAGCGCAGUCUGGGCAUGACAAAACAAAGUUUUAUCAACUUCCAAAUAAUGCAUUUCUUAAUCAUAUAUAACAAAGUAUUUAUUCUAUUCGUUCUUUUCAUUUCUUUUUUUAAAUAAUUUCUCAAAGACAUUAGAGCAAUAAUGAUUAAAGUUUUAUUUAUAUAAUUUAACAUCCCAGGCUGUGCUGUUUUUUUUUUUUUUUUUAACAAAAUAUCACGAUAAAGACAAUAUCACACUUAAUGAAAAUGUAUGUUCUGUUGCUUCUUUUCGAUACGAUACAUUAUAAAAAAUGUCUUAUGUAUAAUAAUAUAUUUAUAAUGUAUUUAUAACAAUUCAUUGAAAAAAAAAAAUAAUGCGAAUGAAGUUACUGUAUCACACACAUAUACAUACGUUCAUAUUGUUGUAAAUGUAUUUUUCAAUUAAUUACAACGAUGAAGUCAUGUACGGGAUGUUAGGAAAAACACGGGAAUAUAUAAAUAAAUGUUGUAUAUGUAAUAUCAUUCAUCCAUCCUACGCGCUCUCGUCGAUUAAUUUCGUUCAGUAUUAAAGCUUAUGAUGAAUGAAUAUUAUAUAUGAUUUAAAGACUAACGAGAUGUUAGUUGUACGCUAAAUAAAGUUAUGAUAAAAGGAAAUAUGUCAUGUAACAUCAGCCAAUAAUUUAUUGCACUGAUGAAAGUGGAUAAACUAUUUCUAUUAACAAAAAAUAAAAUAAACGAUUUUAUUCUAAUAGAGAGUGAAAUGUUUAAGAGAUUAAUAUUCAUUAUAUAACAAGAUUCUGAGAUCAAAAUAGUAAAUUCGAAAUUAAAUUAUAUUCUAGUCAGAUAGUUACUAGACACUUUAUGCACCAAUAAAAACAAACUUUUCUUCUUUUUUUUUUUUUUUUCAUUAUU